UAUACAUCUCUGAUGAAAAUAACUUGUGUUCUGUCCUUUGUCAGCUACAUUCUCACAAAAAUAUUUAUACUAAUAACUUACAGCACUUCCUCGACAAUAGCACCACUUACAUUGAUUCACCUAAAGUAAACUAAGUUAUACCAUUGUUUUAAGGAAGAAUUAAAAUCAUGGACUGAAGAGGAUGACAACCAUUUGUUUGCAGAGCAGCACAACUUCCUGAAGCCCAUCGACGACAGAGCUCUGGGUCUGAUGACACGCAGCACCAGGUCUGUUAUGGAGGACCUGGAUGACAUCAUCAUCUCAUACCGACAAAGUGACGAGUUCAGCUUCGUCUUCAAGAGGACCUCUGGUUCAAAAGGAGAGCCAGGUCACGUCAACACCCUGUAUACCAGUGUUUUGGAGGUUGGUGCAGAAAGGCGGACUCACCACUACACAGGCAGAGGACAGACUAAAGAGAACAUUGGCAGCAGAUAAGAAUGAAAUCCUGUUUUCUGAGUUUGAUAUCAAUUACAACAAGGAGCCUGUGGUCCACAGGAAAGGAACCGCCCUAAUGUGGAAGAAGCUGGAAGAAACAGUGACCAAGACUGUGAAGCUCCCCAACGAGGAGGAGGAGGUGCCAGUGACACGAACCAGGAGGCGUGUCAGUGCCCACCACUGUGACGUGAUAGGGGACGAGUUCUGGGAGGAACACCCCAACAUUCUAGAAGACCACUGCUGAGAACUUUUCCUAGAGGAGCAGAAAUCUGCACAGUGGUUAACGUUGAACAUGGACAGAGUCUCGCUUGUUGUACUUCUACAUGUUCCUGCUGUGGGAUGAAGAGAGUUGGAAGCUGUCAUGGACUGUAUGGAUACUCUUAAUCACUAACUCAUGAUUGGAACAAACUGUCAGCGGUGGUAGAACUCAAACACCAUCAUGCUCUUUGCUCAUGUACUGUAUACAAAUAUUUGAAAUACGGCCUGUCUUAUGUCUGGAACCAUGAAACCAAGAGAAUGUGUAUUGUUGAUGAUGUUUUGCCGAUGGUGAUGCUGGCAUAUUAUAUCAUCAUAAUAAACUAGUAGGCUUA